CUCGAAAAAAAUAUUUAACGAUGAAGAUCUCAAAACUUGUUAAGAAUACCAAGAAUUUAAUCUCAACAAAUAAUAGAUGCUUCUCUACUUGUGUUAAUAACAAGGGAAGCGUUAUUGGAUCUCCUGCUGAAAUUCCUCUUUCUAGCUUCUACCCAGGAGCUCCUCAUCUUCCAAAGGAUAUUGAUGCUAAAGAAGAAUCACUUGUUUUCCAAACACAAACAUCAACUCUUCCAAACGGUUUGAACGUUGUUUCAACUGAUUCUACUUCAAGAGGAGUUAGUGUUGUCAGUCUUUUUGUCAAUGCUGGAUCCCGUUUUGAAACAUAUCGUACAAGCGGUGUUUCUCACUUUGUUGAAAAGUUCUUCUUCUCAAGCACAAACAAUAGAAGUUUGUUGAGAUUGACAAGCGAAUUACAAAAGACUGGUGCUAGUGUUAGCGCUCAAACUGGUCGUGAACAUAUUGUAUAUCAAGCUGAAGCUUUGCGUGAAUCAGUUCCUCUUGUUGUGGAACUUAUGGCAAACUCUGUUUUGCAAGGUAGAUUGCAUCCAUGGGAUUUGGAACCAAAGGCUGAAGCUGUUAAACGUGAUAUUUCUGAAUUCCAAAACAAUGCUCAAUUCGUUUUGAAUGAAGCUCUCCAUCAUACUGCUUUCAAUGGUGAAACUCUUGGUCGUUCACUCUUGUGUCCACCACACAAUGUCUCAAAGAUUGAUACUGAUAUUGUUUUGUCUUACAUGAACAAUUUAUAUGUUGCUCCACGUAUGACUUUGGUUGGUACUAACAUUUCACACGAAGAACUCAAAGAAUUAGCUAAUGUUUUGUUCUCAUCAAUUCCAUCACAAGUUUCUGAAAGACCAGAAGGUGAACAUUUCACUUUUGAAAAGUCCGAAUAUGUUGGAGGUGACUUGCAAAUUCACGAACAUUCUCAUGCUGGUACUCAAGCUAUUUUGGCUUAUAAGGGACCAUCUCUCACUUGUUCUAAACAUGUAGCAUAUCUUGUUUUGUCUGAACUUUUGGGACAAACUACCAACAAGUAUACUGGAUCUGUUAAUCACAGUGCUUCCAGAUUGGCCAAGUCUGUUAAGAAUGUUGAAUUUGGAUCUUCAUUUGUUUCAUCAUACUCUGAUAAUGGUUUGUUCGGAGUCUUCCUUGCUGGUAAGAAUGCUAAGGAAGUUUCCUCAGCUGUUCAAUCCACAGUUGCUGAAUUGAGCUCUGUUCAAUCUACUUUGACUGCUAAAGCUCUUGAAGGUGCUAAGAAUCACGCUUUGCUCAAGCUCUACAACUCUGUUUCAUCAAGUGUUGGUUUGCACGAACACACUGCUACUUAUGGUGGUGUCCAACAAGUAGCUCAAGCUAUUUCUUCUGUCAGUGCUGCUGAUGUUAUUGAAGUUGCUAAGACUUUGUUGCAAUCUAAGCCAACUUUGGUUUCUUAUGGUGAUCUUAACGGAAUGAUCAAGACUAGAAACAUUCAAUAAUUCUUUUUUGUUAUAGAAAAACCGGUGAAAAAAAGUCAAAAGGGAGGGUCCUUUUAUAAUACCCUUAUAUAAAUUAAAAAAAAUCAAUUUCU